CAUCUCCUCUGCCUCACGCUCCACGUUUGGCGAAGAGCGAAGGUCUCCUCUUCUGGAGGCUGCCUGAGGAAAGUGGUGAUUUCGUUUCUGUUCUUUGAAUUAUUCUAGCAUGGAACGUCUUUUCCUUACAAACCCUGCAAAUUUAUCGUCUCCUUCUCUUCUCCGCCCCAAACCGAGCAAGCACAAGGACGCUAGAAGCGCAUGCAGGUUGGGGACAAGAAGCCCUAGGUGCGCUAUGGACGCUGCGCUCGGUGGAAGCUAUAACUAUGAGAAUAUUCUGAAAUUCCCUCGAAUGCAUGUGUGGGAUCCUUAUAAGCGGCUUGGUUUGACUCGGGAUGCCUCUGAAGAAGAAAUUUUAGCAGCACGAAAUUUCCUUUUGGAACAAUAUGCUGGUCAUGAGGGAAGUGUCGAGUCCAUUGAAGGUGCUUUUGAAAAGCUAUUAAUGGCAAGUUUCAGGCUGCGUAAGAAAACAAAAAUCAAUCUUAAAAGCAGGCUGAAGAAGCAAGUUGAGGAAUCACCUCCUUGGGUGCAAAGGUUACUUGCUUAUGUUGAAGUUCCUCCUGUUGACACCAUCCUUAGAAGGCUUUUCCUAUUUGCUUUUAUGGGGGGUUGGAGUAUUUUAAAUUCUGCUGAGACUGGACCUGCUUUCCAAGUUGCAUUGUCAUUAGGAUCUUGCAUCUAUUUUCUGAAUGAUAAAAUGAAUAAUGUUCCAAGAGCUGCUAUAACUGGUUUCGCAGCUCUCGCUAUUGGAUGGAUUGUCGGUUCUACUGUGGUUCCGAUGCUUCCAUCAGUUCUACUGCAGCAAACUUGGAGCCUUGAACUACUCACCUCAUUGGUCUCUUACGUCUUCUUGUUCUCUGCCUGCACUUUCCUAAAGUAAUGAAUCUACUUUUGAUGAGUUAAAUGUAGGAUGACUCUGAAAAUUUUGAUUGAUUUUUGCUAUAACUAAAAAUUAUACAGAAUUGGUUAAUUUUCAUUUACACUUUUUUAUUUUUUA